AUGGCGGCAGUUGCCGGGCUCUACGGGCUAGGCGACGAGCAGCGCGGACGACACCGGCGCGGCCAAGCCGCCGCCGCCGAGCGCUCCGAGUCGAGGGACGACAACACAGAGGCAUCCGAGGUAGUGCGAGAGAUCAAUGAAUGGGCUGCGGAGGCUAAGCAAUCCCAUGAGAAUGCUGAACAGCAAUGGUACAAACUAAAAACCAAAGUACACAAAAUCAAUGCAAAUAUUCUGAAACCAGAUAAAUGGGUCGCAAAGGAGCCAUGGAUGACUGAAAAAAUAUACCAGCUAAUGGAGAAAAGGAGACUUCACAAAAAUGACGACAAGUUAUACAAAACCAUAGACAGAGAAAUUAGAAGAGAAGUGCGCUAUGCCCGCAACUCCUGGUAUCGCAAGAAAUGUGAUCAUCUGGAAGUACUCCAUAACAAACAUGAUGCAUUUAAUCUGCACAAAGAGAGCAGAGCCAUGGUUCUGCAGACAAAUGCUAAAAUGGAACCCUUA